ACCCAUCCAAAAAAUAAUUAUUGUCAUUUCUUGAGGUUGUGCAAUCGGUUCUUGCUGUGUCAGUGGACUUGAGCUCUCUGUUGUUGAUAGCGAAAUGGCGGCCUCCGAGGCCAAGGUAUUUCUUAGCCUCUACAGACAGCUCCUAAGGGAGAGUGGAAAGUUUUCCUCGUACAAUUUUAGGAAUUACUUUGUACGACGUGUUCGAGAUGACUUCCGUUCUGAGCUGGCCAGCGGCAAACCAGUCGUCCGAGAGGAGUUCCUCGUCAGUGCACGCGACAUGCUGGCGUUAGUCCAGCGUCAGGCCGCCGUUGGAAAUAUGUACGCAGCACCAAAGAUGGUCUUAGAAAAGGCUGGACAGGCGACGCCAAAGUGAUCGCUACAUGCUGGCUACCGUGUUGAAGUUUGUUGAUCGAUCAGUUGCCCUAAGCUUCCAGUCACACCAUCAAUCUCACAUCGCAGUGCUACGUCUGGUACUGCCUCCGUUCCUAUUGAUGUCAAUUGCUGUUUGAGUGGAAGAGAGUGAGUUGUAUUUAGUACCCCUGUAUAUAAGACUUUUCUAGCUCUGUAUUAGCUAUGCAUUUUUUGUAUAGGCUUUUUUGUUCUUGUUUGUAGUUAGACAUCUGUACAUAAACGUGUUUGCUAUGUGUUGGAUGUGUGCGAAAGAGCUGUUUUGGUAGCUCAGCACGGACAUCCAUGCUCUGAACAUUAUAUUCUUUAGGAAUUCCGAACAAACGUAAUAUGGAUACGCUCCAAACUCUAA